AAGCAGCAGCUGCGAGGAGCCUGACGCGUCCCCACCGUAGGCCGCCGGGACGAGCACUAUCCCCCGAAUGAGCCCGGGGGUUAAAGCCAACCGAAUGGGAGCCAGGGAAGUCCCCAGAAACUUGUCCUAAUAACCGGCCACUUGGACACAGCGAGAGUCCACUCCUCCACACUGCCUCACCGAUUCCUGACGAGAGGGAGACCCACAGCUUUCACGGUGGAAACUAGAAGGAGAGCGAAGAUGAAUGCUGUGCGGGGGGGCACAGUCACCUGGCGUCCCCAGCCGUGGCAGGACGGGGACGGGGGAGGAGGGGAGCCUCUGUCCGACAGCGACUCAGAGGAGGAGGACUUCCCCGAUGACAGCACCACCCCGCUGGGCGACUACAUCACACAUGGACUGAAGCAGCUCCUGGACGCUCAGCAGCUGUGUGAUGUUACUCUGCUUGUUGAGGGGAAGAAGUUUAUGUGUCACAGAGUCCUCUUAGCAGCUGUGAGCCCCUACUUCAGGGCCAUGUUCACCAGUCCCCUGGUGGAGUCUCGCCUCACAGAGAUACGUCUGGAGGAAGUGACACCGUCUGUCAUGGAGACAGUCAUCCAGUUUGUGUACACUGGGGAGGCGGGGCUCUCUCUGGACACAGCUGAGGAUCUGUUUGUGGCCGCCAACCGGCUGCAGGUCAUGCCUCUUCAGGACCUGUGCUCCAGGUUUCUAUUUGAGCACCUCUCAGUAGAUAACUGUCUGGGUAUGUACUCUCUGGCUCGCUCUCACCACGACCAGCUGCUGCUGCGGGCCUCCCUGCGGCUGGUAGCCCAGCACUUUCCCCGGGUGGCCCGGCAGAAAGACUUCCUGCUACUUGACCACGGCACCUUAGGCAGCCUACUGAGCUCAGACCGUUUGGGAGUUGACUCCGAGGCCGAGGUCUACGAUGCGGCGCGCCGAUGGGCAGAGCACCAGCCCUUGGACAGGUAUGCUCACAUGCCUGCCCUACUUCACCACCUGCGGCCUGGGCUGCUUUCCCAGGAAGAGAGCCGAAGACUGAGCCAGGAGUUAGGGCCUGCUGCAGCUGGUGAAGGCCUCGGCGGGCCUCUGAGACCGAGGGAGGGAAUGUUUGAAAAGAAGAUUGUCUGUGUGGACCUGACACCUCGGGAGGACGAGAAUUUAGCUACACGAGACUACACAGUGGACUGCUUUGAUCCUCGGACAGGAAAGUGGGAAAAGUUAGCAGCGCUGGGAUCUCUCGUCAGUCCUGGCUGCACUGCUGUAGGUGACAGGCUGUUUGUGGCUGGUGGGAUCCUGCGGACAGGUUCUGUGUCUGCAGCAGUGCAUGAAUAUGAUGCAGUAUUGGACCACUGGAUAGAGCGGCCUUCGAUGGUCCAGCCCAGGGCCAUGCUCGGUCUGCUGGGCUGUGGUGAGUCACUCUAUGCCUUAGGGGGCAGUAACCGCUCGGCCCUGCUCGACUCCAGCGAGACCCUGGAGCUGUCAACACUACAGUGGACUCCGGGGCCCCGGCUCCCGCUCCCCCUGCGUGCCUUUGCCUGCGCAGCUCUACGUGGACGACUGUACCUCCUGGGUGGAACCACACUCGAACAGAACAGAGCUGUGGUCCACUCUGGCGUGCUCAUUUAUCACACCCUAACCGACUGCUGGACACGUGUGGCGCUGGACUCUGGUGCCACCUGCCUUGCUGGAGGAGUAGCCGUGCGAGGAGGGGUCUGUGCUAUUGGGGGAUACAUGAGGGAUACCACAAAGUUCCUUGAUGGGAACUACACUAACUUGGAGACUUUAGACGCCACUGGGCGUGUUCUGUUUUUCAGAGAGGGCAGGGGGUCUGGUGUAGAGAGGGAGGUGACAGGGGGAGGGGUGAUGGUGACUGCAGAGCAGCGCGGGGCUGCAGGUGGUGGAAGCGACCGAGCCCCAAGCCCUGUGGUAUUUCCCGGGCUCCCUCGCCGGAUAGCAGCCGGGGGUGUGGCCAGGUGGAAAAGGAGGAUUUAUGUACUGGGUGGGGAAAACGGCUCACGGUUCUAUGACAGUGUGUACUGCUGGAAGCCUGGUUGGCGCAGCUGGGUCCAGAGACGUGAAAAGCUUCCUGGGGAUACUGGAGGAGUGAGCCAGUUCGGGUGCACCACUCUAAAAUUCCCUAAGAAACACAUCCUGUCAAGACUGAGACUAGCCAAAGAAAACUGCAAGAAGGCUGCUGACUAGCUUGACUGGGCCCAUUCUGACUGAAGUGGAGGCAGCCAUUCAUGUGACACAGAGAUGAGGUUCAGGCUGAGUUCUGAAUGAGCUCCUCCUUGACCCCAUGACAUGUUGAGAUAAGUCAUGAGGAAGAGACCAUUUUAUACAGUUGGCAUGCAGCCACAGAGCUGGGUAUAAAUUGAGUGGAUGCAGACAGAUCUUUUGAAAUUUAAUAUGGAUCGUCAAAUGUACAGGCAGAGAGCUAGUAGAGCCAGAACCAGGUUUUAAAGAACAGACAACAAGCACCUGAAUGUAACCUAAACCACUCGCUGUCAGAACAGUCAAGUCCUCUGAGAGAGAAUAGGGCCUUUUAUUUGUACAUUCACAGUUUAAUGUUUUUUGUCCGAGAAUUUCAAUGCGGUUUUUUUAUUCAGCUGUUCAGACAUGCACAAGGAUACCUGCACAUUUCAGACAAGGUUACGUUUCACUGAUUCUCCUAAACUUCAACUAAAAAAUGUAGUGCCCUAAACAAAAACCUAGGCACCCUCCAUUCUGCUUAUUUGCAGCUCAGCUGGGCUGAACUUGGGCUUGAGAAAUGGAACCGGGGCUGCACUGAAAAUCAUGUUGCAAAGCACUGAUGGAAGCAGCUUCAGUGUAUGAACUAAAGACGUCUGCUGUUUAGUCUCCUAGGUUUUUCUCCCCGAAUCAUUUCCCCUCCCUUAUAAUCCUUUAUAAACUUUAAUAACUUGUUUGACCUUUCCCUCUAACAUGAGCUGGUAAAGCCCCCCUUUUUUUUACUACAAUCAAGGGCUACACAAAAAGCUAACUUGAGAGAAACGCAUCACAUUAAAGAAGACUGAGCUACUCAUCUUAGUACAGUGCCUUGCAUAAGUAUUCACCCCCCUUGGACUUUUUCCCAUUAUGUACUGUUACUAACUGGAAUUCAAAUAGACUUAAAUAAACUUUUUCCCGUUUGAUCAACAAAACAUGCAUAGUACUUUGGAGGUGCAAAAUAAAUUUUAUUGUGACACAAACAAUAAUGAGAACAAAAAAGUUGACAUCUGUUGGGUGCAUAAGUCUUCACCCCCCUGUGUCAAUACUUGGUAGAACCCCCUUUCGCUGCAAUUACAGCAAGUCUUUUGGGGUAUGUCUCUACCAGCUUUGCACAUCUAGAGAUGGAAAGGUUUGUCCAUUCUUCUUGGCAAAAAAGAUGAAGCUCAGUCAGAUUGGAUGGAGACCGUAUGUGAACCGCAAUCUUCAAGUCUUGCCAUAGAUUCUCUAUUGGAUUGAGGUCUGGGCUUUGACUGGGCCAUUUUAAGACAUUAACAUUCUUUAAUCCAAACCAUUCCUUUGUAGCUCUGGCUGUAUGUUUAGGGUCAUUGUCCUGCUGGAAGAUGAACCUCCGCCCCAGUCGCAAGUCUUUUGCAGACUGCAUCAGAUUUUCUUCAAGGAUUUCCCUGUAUUUGGCUCCAUCCAUCUUUCCCUCUAUUCUGACCAGUUUCCCUGUACCUGCUGAAGAGAAGCAUCCCCAUAGCAUGAUGCUACCACCACCAUGUUUCACUGUUGGGAUGGUGUGCUCAGGGUGAUGGGCAGUGUUGGGUUUUCGCCACACAUAGCGUUUUGCAUUGAGGCCAAAAAGUUCAAUUUUGGUCUCAUCUGACCAGAGCACCUUCUUCCACAUGUUUGCUGUGUCUCCCACAUGGCUUCUGGCAAACUCCAAACGGGAUUUUUUAUGGAUCCCUUUCAACAAUGGCUUUCUUCUUGCCACUCUUCCAUAAAGGCCAGAUUUGUGGAGUAGACGACUAAUAGUUGUCCUGUGGACAGAUUCUCCCACCUCAGCUGUGGAUCUCUGCAACUCCUCCAGAGUAACCAUGGGCCUCCUGGUUGCUUCUCUGAUUAAUUUUCUCCUUGUCCGACUCUUCAGUUUGGGUGGACGGCCUCCUCUUGGUAGGUUUGCGGUUGUGCCAUAUUCUUUCCAUUUUCUUAUGAUGGAUUUUAUGGUGCUCAGAGAGAUGUUCAAAGCUCUGGAUAUUUUUUUAUAACCUAACCCUGCUUCAUAUUUCUCCACAACUUUAUCCCUGACCUGUUUGGUGAGCUCCUUGGUCUUCAUGAUGCUGUUUGUUCAGUAAUGAUCUCCAACAAACUCUGAGUCCGUCACAGAACAGGUGUAUUUAUACUGAGAUUAAAUUGCAGACAGGUGGACCCUAUUUACUAAUUAUGUGACUUGCAAAUGUGACUUGUGAAUGCAAUUGGUCGCACCAGAUCUUUGUUAGGGGUUUCACAGUAAAGGGGGUGAAUACAUAUGCACUCAACACUUUUCAGAUUUUUAUUUGUAAAUAAUUGUGAAAUCCAUGUAAUAUUUCCCCCCACUUCCAAAUGAUGCACUAUUUUGUGUUGGUCCAUUACAUAAACUCACGAUGAAAUAAAUUUUGAUCUGUGGUUAUACCAUGACAAAAUGUAGAAAAGUCCAAAGGGGGUGAAUACUUAUGCAAGGCACUGUAGGCUCAGUCUAACCCCUGAAUGCUCAGCACAGGUCCAACACCGGUUUCAAGUUUAAAGAAGUGAAACGUAGCAUUUGUGAGAAAUGUGCAGAUAUGGCUGGAUGAAUCACAGGAUAAAUGGAACACCGUCUUCCACCAUCAACAUAAAAAUGUAAAGAUGGAGAAUCAUGUGUGGAUGUGAGCUUGAUGGAAAUGCAAAGGUGUGAAAAAAUGUUGACACCAGAUAGAAAUGGUAGCUGUAUUUAUAGUUUUGACGGCAAAUGAAGGCACAUUCACAGUAUUUAACAAUUCCACUGGACAUAUGUAUCUGAGAUUUUUCAUGUGGCCAUUAGUCAAAAUGAAACGUGAUGUUUGUGUCUGAACUAUCGCUCUUCCAGUGUCUUUCUGAAACAUGAAACUAUGACCGCCAGUCAAAUCAAACUGACCUGUUCCUUUCAGCUGCUCCAGCCAUAUGAUUUGGGAAUGCAUUUGGCACUAAGAUUAAGACUAAUCUAAACACCAUCAUUUGCACAUUAUUUAUUGAAAUGUAUGUAAAGUUGUUUUUAUUUUAUUUUGUUGUUGCUUUUUGAAUGUGGACUUUAGCUCUGACUGCAGUGUAGAUGGCUCCGUUGUGGUGUCUGAUUACUAGGCCAUGUGUUUAGAUAAACCUGUCACACAGGAGCACGUGUGUAGAUCUCAAAUCCAUUAAAAAGGACUUCAUCAUUGGGCCACAUACUUGUUUCAGACGUGACUUUAGAUUAGAGACCAUUGGCUACAAGGUGGAUACAGAAUGUGCCUCUGCAAUUGCAAGAUUGGAUUUUCAAUCAAAGUGUGACUGUGCAAGAUCUUGGACCUACAACGCUUUUUUAUUUCAAGUUUACUAAAGCAGUAAAUCACUGAUAGUCUGAAAUAGUUGAAAAUCAAUGAUUUAGUUGGUUUGAAAAAAAAAGAAGCUACAUUUAUGUAAUAGAUUAAAAUUAGACUGAUCACAUUUGUCUCAUAACUCUUGCUUCUUACUGCUUUCCACUCGGUUUUCAACCAACCAACCGGACGCUUCAGUUUCAGUCAAACCAUCCUCCCAUUUGUAAACUAAAGUUAUUUCCAGUGAGCUUUAACACACUAAAACAUUGUGACCUAAGUCUGAUUUCAUACACACUACAUGAUACAUGACAUACUCAAGUUAAUUCCAUUGUGUAUUUAUUACAUCAAACACUUUUCCAGGACAUCGUUUUUCUCACCCAACCCAUGCUCUUGAACAGAGACCACGAAUUAUUAACUUUAUCCAUGAAUUGAAAGAGGGACUGUGAGGGAAUUUGUUUGCUUUGUGAUUUUAUGUAUCUCCACACAGCAAAUUGGAAACACUAGUUCUACGAUGUGAAUUUUUCUCCUUUAACAAAAAUUCCAUAAUCUUGUAUCAGCCCCAGCUAAGGCCAGACUAAAUGGACCAUGGGAAGACUGUGUGCUUGUGGAACUCUUUACAAAACCAUUUCAGACCAUACACUUGUGUAACUUGUACAAUGAAGGUUCUGGGAAUAGAGAGAGAAUUAACACCCGAGCAUUUAACUGAUUUUCAGCAAGAGUCUUCACAACUGGGAAAGAAGUUGUUUUGGGCUCAAGACAUUUAACAUUGUAACACUUCAUACCUGAUCAUUUUUUAUGACAGAAGUGUUCACUAGUCAAAGUAAUUAUUUUGGUCAUGAAUUGCAAUGCUGUCUUUCUAAAUAUCUCUGACACACUGCCUCUUUAAUUACACAAAACUCAAAUCUUCUGAAUUCUCACCCAGAAAUGUCUAAACGACUUGAUUUUCUUUUCUUCUUGCUUACAGCUUGUAAGAUGUGUGAAAAGUGACUGUGUCCGCUUGCAUGUUUUCUAUUCCGAGGCCUAAAUCUGUUCGACACGAGCACAACCGCGUAUUGUGUCCAUUCAGAGAAGUACAUCUGCCCUCAUCUGUACAUUCUAAUGAGGAUUGUGGUCUGAAAGGAAGGUGGCUGUUUGAUGAAAGCAGUGCUAUGGAACGAUUAAAGGACUAUUUGCUUA